AUGUUUAUGUUUCGAAACUGUGUUGUUCUCCUGGUAAUCGGCUCGAUCUGUUGUUUCAUAUAUGGAAUCAUUAACCUGUACGUGGACGUAGAGCCGAAUGCCUGUCGCAUGACCUAUAUGUUUGGGCAGCCGAUGUUCUCACGUGUUCGGACAAAGAACGGCGAGCUGUUUCCCAAUUACAGACUUUUCUACUACUACGAGGGAGUUAGGGAUCCGGUGGACCCACUUACAAGGCGCAUGACCGGAGCGCCGGUUAUUUUUGUGCCCGGCAACAGCGGCUCCUAUAAGCAAGUUCGAUCAUUGGCCUCCGUAGCCCUACGCAAGGCUCUGUCUAACGAGGCCGGCAUUCAUUUGGACUUCUACACCAUCGACUACGAUGAAGAGCUGUCGGCUCUCUAUGGCGGCUACUUGUAUCACCAGCGACGUUAUCUUGAACUAUGCAUCCGCACAAUCCUGUCCCUCUACAAGGUGCACAGCGAGCAAUCGUCCAUUGUGCUCAUCGGCCACUCAAUGGGUGGUAAGCUGGCGCAGUCUGUUCUUACAGACCUUAAAAUUGGGCAGCACAUAAACACAAUUAUUAGCAUUUCAACGCCCCUGGACCAGCCCGUGGUUAAUUUGGAUGCUCAACUGAACGCUUUUUACGCACAGACGGAUAGUGCCCUCAGCAAGACUCGCACCGCCACUCUACCGACGACUCGAACCAAUGUCUGCAACAGCUUGCACCAGAAGCCGCCAAAUGUCCAGAAAAUGGCUCUACAAGAGACAUCGGCAAAACUGGACAACGUUUUGAUCAUCUCGACGGGUGGCGGUAACCGCGAUCUCCUCGUGCGCCCGGGCCUAACAGCCUCCAAGUUCAAUGAUCUCCACGCCAUGACCUCUGCAAUACCCCGAGUGAGUCUGAGCUGCGACCAUUUGUCUGCUGUUUGGUGCUUGCAGUUCAUGCAGGCCAUCAAUAGUUUCCUCUUCAGCAUAGCACAGGUGCGAGACGAUCGGUCAGUGAUCUUUGGCAUAGAAAAACAACGAAACCUGCAGUUGGCCCUGUCGCACUUUGUGAAGCCCACAACGCGCCCGCAUCACACCAUGAGCUUAUCCGUCGCCAACAAUUGGAACGAGGAGCGACGAUUAGUCAUAAAUAAGUACUUCGCCAAUGGCCUAAAGACUUCCUUUUUUGAGCUGAUUGGGCUUAAGCGCCAUAAGCGCUACAAGAAGCUGGCCAUUGAGACGCUGAAUGUGGGCGAGAGCGAAUGGCUAUUCGGCUGCACUGCCCAGAUCCACAAAGAGACGGGUCAAACUUACUGCGAGAAGGCCACACCGCUCAUCCAUCUAGUUCAGCGGCUGCCGAACAGAGAGCGAGAGCCGCGAAGCAUUGCCGUGCUGGAUCUCCACAACCUUCGCAAUACCUACUUGGAGUGGACACAUGUGCUGGUACGCCUACCAGCGGGCAGCGGCCACAUUGGUUACAAUCUAGACAUCUACGAUCCUCGGGAGCGGUACGUUAACAUUCGCCUUCCACGCUGGUACUCCUUUGCCAGGAAAGUCGCCGUGAAUGAAACGCUUCAGGGCACACUCCACUACAGGCUGCAUAUCAGCGACCUCUUCGAUCCGUACCAGAGCCUGAGAGUGAUCAUUGAGCCCCUGCAGUGCCUCAAUCCACAGUAUCGCGUCACGGCUAGGCUAUGUGUUCCUUGGGCGGCGGGUUUUGAGCGCUUUCAAACGUUGACCUCUCCAGAGGAGAAGCCUCAGCUCUACGCGAACGUACCCACCCUGCUUCCCAAGUACUAUAAUACGACCCUGAAUCCAGUCACAAUAGACUUGUACCUGGACCCCAUCUGUCGGUAUCGCAUCAGCUAUGAGUAUGGCUACUCCUCAGCGCUGUCCCGACUGGUCCUGGAGUUCUACGGCUGGCUUCCGGCCCACCUGACAUGUGUGCUGCUCAUCGUUCUGCGGAAGCAGGUUUCCACCUACCAGGAAGUGGGCAGUUUCAGAAGCCUAAAGCCCUACACCGGCUUUCUGCAGUACACGUCACUAUACGUGGUCACAGCGUGUCGUCUGCUGAAGAAGCUGAUACUGAGCAGCCGCGUGCUGCCCGCGCCAGAGCCCUUGGACUACAGCAUCAACGUGUCAAUUUUGAUCCACUGCGCAGCGAUUGCGAUCACUUCGGUAGCAGCUUUGGCCACCUGGCUGGCCCUAUCGCUCUACGGAAACGCAUUCUAUCGCUUGGCAAUGCGUCUGACGCGACACUCGCAGGGCAGCUCCAACAUACUGAUCUCCGUAAUGACUCAUCUGCCCAUUACUUACGGCAUCCUAACAAUUGCGACGGCCAUAGGCACCUGCAGUGGUGUGGGUCUACUGCUGGCCUUUGUUUUCUACUUUCUCAUGCUGUCGAAUGCCUAUAAGGAUUACCUGGAGGACUUCCUCUGGCAGAAGGCGGCCAAAUUGGUGCGCGGCACACUGGGUGAGCCAGCUGCUACAGGUGCACGAUCUCAGGAAACUGGCGACAUACUGUCGGCCAUGGAUGAUGGCCAUUCGGACGAUGAUAAGCAACAGCAGCAAGAAGACGAGGAGGAAGAAAUGGAGGCAGCACAAAAGGGAAACGGUGCAGAUUCAGAGCCCUGUUUGGGCCUGCAGAACUUUCCCUUUCACGUAACCUUGUUGUUGAUGCUUCUCAUUCAGCUCCUGCUCAAUGCACCCAGCACAUUGGCCUGGGUCCGAUCUCGACGCCUUGGAAUCGAUCUGCCCGACCCGGGCUUGCAGCCAAGUAUCGUCAUCCUGGUAUCCCUAAGUUUAUUGCUGCAGUUUCGGGCGCCCCAGAAAUGCUCUGGCCAUUGGAUGAUUUCCAUACUAUUGUACGUGCUCGCGGGGAUUGUUCUGCUGUAUUGUCAGGCAGCCAUCUACAGGCUGAACUUUGUGUUUGCCGGUGCCUUCGCCCUGCUGUCCGCCCACCAAGGCCUCUGGAUUCUGUGGCAUCGCCUGGCCUAAACUGGUUCAAGCGCUUGUGCUAAUUUGUUAUUUAUUUGUCCAUUAGUUAAUACAGCUAUUAAGUUAGAGCGUCCGAUCCAUGCCAAUACCAGUGUCGAAGUUUUACGGUCUUCGGUCUUACAUAAACACAGCAAGCGGCCAUUGCAAUUACAAGUAAGCUGAUAUUGGUCCUAGCGGGAAGUCCAAACUAGUCUGUCGCGCAUUGCACAUUUCUUUUCAUAAUUGUUUUUUACGCGUGCUGCCCGUGAUUAUGGUAAGCGAUAUCAGGAAUCAGGUGGUAGGCAUGCCAAUUACCAUUUACGCGAAAUGUGUGAAAAUUCCCAAUAACAAGGCCACACUGUCCUGCCAUACUCGGGCUGCAAUUCGGAUCAGAUUCCUUAUUUCUUUUCCCAUUCAAAGGGGGCUUUAAUUGUAACCCUUUCAUUGCCUAGUCGAUGCUCCUUGUAUCAGUUCCCACCGUAUAUUCGCACAUGAAUAUUUUUUUUGGUCCCUGAUCCUGAUAUU